ACGGAUGAAACUUUCAUUUCCACGUGUUUUGAUUAACAGCGAGCGGGCGCGUGCGUUUGUCCUUGACCCUACUUUACGCUGCUUUACACUGCACGAUGGCGUCUGAAUUGGCUCUGCUGAGUGUUUGGGAUAAAACUGGACUGGUGGAGUUCGCCGGGCGGCUGGUGACGGUGGGUCUGUCAUUGGUGGCGUCAGGAGGCACCGCCAAAACUCUCAGAGACUCCGGACUUACUGUCAGGGAUGUGUCUGAGCUCACUGGAUUUCCAGAGAUGCUUGGAGGACGCGUCAAGACGCUUCACCCCGCUGUCCACGCUGGGAUUCUGGCCCGACAAACUCCUUCUGAUGAAGCUGAUGUGGAGAAACUCGGGUUUAGUCUUGUCAGAGUGGUCGUGUGCAAUCUUUACCCGUUUGUGAAGACCGUUGCAUCCUCCAGUGUGACCGUGGAAGACGCUGUUGAGCAGAUUGAUAUCGGUGGAGUGACUCUUCUCAGAGCGGCAGCUAAAAAUCACGCCAGAGUGACGGUGGUUUGCCAUCCGUCCGAUUAUGACGUCGUCAUCAAGGAAAUGGAAUCGUCUGAGGACCACGACACCAGGGUUGAAACUCGCAAGACUCUUGCGCUGAAGGCCUUCACACACACGGCUCAGUACGACGAGGCCAUCUCUGACUACUUCAGACGAGAAUACAGUGGAGGCAUUUCCCAGCUGCCCCUGCGCUACGGCAUGAACCCGCAUCAAGCGCCCGCUCAGCUCUACACGUCCCGCUCGGCUCUUCCACUGACAGUGGUCAAUGGAUCUCCAGGUUUCAUUAAUCUGUGUGACGCUCUGAACGCCUGGCAGCUGGUGAGAGAGUUGAAAAGAGCUCUCGGGAUGCCCGCGGCGACUUCAUUUAAACACGUCAGUCCUGCAGGAGCUGCGGUUGGCAUCCCGUUGAGUGAAGAGGAGGCCAAAGUGUGCAUGGUGAAUGACAUGAUCCCAGAUCUCAGUCCUCUCGCUGCGGCAUACGCAAGAGCCAGAGGUUCUGAUAGGAUGUCCUCCUUCGGAGACUUCGUUGCUUUGUCCGACGUCUGCGAUGUCCCCACCGCCAAGAUCAUCUCUAGAGAGGUGUCUGAUGGUAUUAUUGCUCCGGGCUAUGAGGAGGAAGCACUACGAAUUCUGUCCAAGAAGAAAAAUGGAAACUAUUGUGUCCUUCGGAUGGAUCCCGAGUAUGAACCGGAUGAAGAGGAGGUGCGGGUGCUGUUUGGUUUGUAUCUCAAACAGAAGAGAAACGGAGCGCUCGUUGAUAAAGAGCUCUUGAGCAACAUUGUGUCCAAGGGGAAGCUCUCUGAAAAGGCUCUGCGAGAUCUCAUCGUGGCCAGCAUCGCAGUGAAGUACACUCAGUCCAACUCUGUGUGUUAUGCGAAGGACGGUCAGGUGAUUGGCAUCGGUGCCGGACAGCAGUCACGCAUCCACUGCACGCGGCUCGCAGGAGACAAGGCCGAUAACUGGUGGCUCCGGCAUCAUCCGCGAGUGCUCGGUAUGAAAUUCAGGAGCGGAGUCAAGCGUGCCGAGAUGGCCAACGCCAUCGAUCAGUAUGUCAGUGGCACGAUUGGAGAGGGUCCAGAUCUGGAUCUCUGGAAAGGUCUGUUUGAGGAGGUCCCUGAGCUUCUGUCGGAGGUGGAGAAGAAAAACUGGAGAAGUUCUCUACAGGCUGUGGCUCUCAGUUCUGACGCCUUCUUUCCAUUCCGGGACAACGUUGAUCGCGCCAAACAGAGCGGGGUGGAGUACAUCGCUGCUCCGUCGGGCUCUACUGCCGAUGGGAUCGUCAUCAACGCUUGCAAUGAGCUGGGCAUCACUUUAGUGCACACUAACAUCCGUCUCUUCCAUCACUGAUGCUGGUGUCAAACUAGACGUUCUGGAAGCGUCUCACAGACGUCUUUCAUAUGUUACGUUUCUACUAAUCGGACCAAGUCUAGUGCUCUUGCUUAAACUUAGUCAAAGCUCUAAUCCUCAAAGCAUAUACAAGAAUAAUUUUCCAAAAGAAGCCUGUUUCUCUAAAUAGUUUGAUUGAGUCAAGUUUAUGCGGCUGUUUAAAAAACUAAUGUUUGCAACGUGAAAUCAUCCUCAUGUUUGUGAAAUACUGUAACACUCCCUGACACAUUCCUACCGUCUUUAGUGUCUCUUGAGCAUUAUGUAAUAAAUCAACUACAACAGAUUCUCAAAGGUUCUCUUGCAAUUUAUUUGCAUUUGUUGACACGUGUGUUUUUGAACCUUUCAUCCAGAUGACUUGGAUUGAAUCUUAUAAAUACAAUGAUGGAGUUAUGUUGAGUUUCAUCAAAGGAAUUUAACAGUAGUGGAAACUGGCGUCAACGGUGACGUGAGACAAACAUAACAUACUACACAAACCAAACACUGAAUGAAGGGGAGAAACUCAGAAUUACACAAAAAUCACCUUUCAAUCCAAAAAACAGUGCAGACUCUGAAUAAAAAAUGAUCACGGAAAGAAAAUGUCAAUGAACAAAUCAAGACCUGACAUUCUUAUAAAACAGUGCUUCGUUUUUAAUGUGUGUCAUUGACUGUGUAAUAAAGGUUUGAUUCCUGUUUGAAAUUAAAACCUGUGGUUAAAACAAACCCAAAAGUCAUAUCAAAUGUAGCUAAAUUACGAUGCGUUUUGUGGUUAAUGCAAUGGCAAUACAGAAAAACCUUGUUUUGUCUUAUUAAACCGCAAGAGAAUACAAAAACAUCAACCAGAAACCGUGAAUGAAUUCAUCCGUUGAUGUGUAAGAAGGUGCGGGUGCAGUU